AUGACGACUCUGAAGGCCGGGGACAAGUUCCCAGCAGACGUUACUUUUAGCUACAUACCGUGGACACCGGAAAGUUCAGAAUUGACCUCGUGUUGCGAGGUUCAACACGUAAAUGCUCCUCAAAGACUGAAGAAAUUGACAGCUGUCAGUGGCAUUCCCGUAACCUACAAUGCGUCCAAGGAAUGGGCGGAUAAGAAGGUGGUCCUUUUCGCCGUCCCAGGAGCGUUCACCCCCGGUUGCAGCGUUCGUCACCUUCCCGGAUACAUCGAGAAGCUAGACGAGAUCAAGGGCAAAGCCGUCGACAUUGUUGCUGUUAUCGCUUUCAACGAUGCGUUUGUCAUGUCUGCUUGGGGCAAGGCCAAUGGUAUCAAAAACGACGAUAUCCUCUUCAUGAGCGAUUCAGAGACGAAAUUCAGUAAGAGCAUUGGCUGGAACCUGGGGGAGAGAACUGCCAGAUAUGCCAUGAUCGUCGAUAAGGGAACCGUUGUCUAUGCUGAGAAGGAACCAGCAAGAGACGUUACGGUCAGCGGCGCAGCAGCAGUUCUGGCUAAGCUGUGA